AUGAUCAGUCAUUUGGCUGAGAAUGCUGCAACGGAAAUAGAGCCAGAACUUGCAGAAAAGGGAGAGAAGGAAAAACUGGAGGAAGUUAAAGAGAAUGUUUGUGUGAUAAAAGGGCAGAAAUUGAAGUGUCAGUUAUGCUUCAAAGAAUUCUCCAAGAGUGGCUUUGGUUACCAUCUCAAGCAAUAUCAUGAGAAGAUUAAGAAUGAAAAGUGUGAGAUCUGCAACAGAGUCUUCGGCUGUCGAUCAACACUGAACAAUCACAUGAAGAGUUUACAUGGGACAGAGAGGAAUUUUAGCUGCAAAGAAUGCAGCCAGGCUUUCAAGACACUCUCAUCGUUGUACAUUCACAGGAAACAGGUGCACGAUGACAAGAGAUUCUCCUGUGAAUUGUGCUACAAGAAAUUUGCAUUCAGGAAGCAAUUGACAGAGCACUUGCUCAUUCAUUCUAAGGAACAGACGCAUUUCUGCAAGAUUUGCCGGAAGGGUUUUAGGGUGAAGGCUAAUCUCAGCAAACAUUUGAGGGUUCAUGAGGAUGUCGGACAAUUUAAUUUUACAAAAGAGGACCUCGAGGAGGAUUUAGAGGAGAAUUCAUCGAACAUUUAUUUAGUUCGGAGAGAGAAUAAAGCGACGCAAAGUAACUUGUACAUAUGUGAAAUUUGCAAUCACACCACAAAGCGCAGUAACAAUCUUCAGAGGCAUCUCAGUACUCACACAUCAGACAAUCCCUGCAGUGUAUGCUGCUUGAGUUUCACCACGAAGCAUGGUCUUAAGCAUCACAUAUUCAGGGAUCACAAUCAGGAGGAGAUUGAAAUGUCCAAUGGGGCUCCAGCUAGGAUAAAAUGUGAAAGGUGUUCUGAUGAAUUCUCAUCGAGAUUCCAGCUGUAUUUCCAUGAGAAGGAAAUCCAUGAAGCCAGUGAGAGAUUCAUUUGCUCGAAAUGUGGUCAAGUGUUCCCUGAAGAAAAUCUCCUGAACAUGCAUCUGAAGAAGCACCGAGAGUUCAUUUGUUCCACCUGCAAGAGGGGCCUGAAGAGCAAAAAGGCUCUGAUUGAGCACCAAAACACUCACACGGGUGAGAAGCCAUUUAGAUGUGAGGAUUGUGGAAAGAGUUUUGGGUACAGUACGAAUCUUCUGGAGCACAGAAAGAUUCACUUCAAUGUGAAGGAGCAUAAAUGCGGAUACUGUGAUAAAGCUUUUAGCAGGUCAAACAUGCUAAAGGAACACGAGAGAGUCCAUACGAAAGACAAACCUUACAGUUGUAGCUUCUGUGAAGCUAACUUCACGCAGUCAAAUUCACUAAAGAAGCACCUCAGGAAAUUCCAUAAAUCCUGUCCAAAGUGCGGAGAUUAUGUCGGGGAUGAUAUCGACGAAAUGAUUCAUAAAUGCCAAACUGGAAAAUAA